AUGAAUAAGACAGAAACAAUGCCGACAGAUGAGUUGACGGAGGAGGAGGAGUCGUUUUCCGGCAAGGACUACAAAGAACCACCGCCUGUGAAGAUUUUCGAGGUGAGGGAGCUUAAGAAGUGGUCUUUCUACAGAGCAGUCAUAGCUGAGUUUAUAGCUACUCUUCUCUUUCUAUACGUCACCGUUUUGACAGUCAUCGGCUUCAAGAGCCAGACCGAUGCCAAAUCAGGAGGCGGAGCUUGCGCUAGUGUCGGCCUCCUCGGCAUCUCUUGGGCCUUCGGUGGCAUGAUCUUCAUCCUCGUCUACUGCACUGCCGGAAUCUCUGGUGGACACAUUAACCCUGCGGUGACGUUUGGGCUAUUCCUGGCUAGUAAGGUGUCAUUGGUGAGGGCUAUUUCAUACAUAGUGGCUCAGUGUCUUGGAGCCACUUGCGGAGUUGGUUUAGUGAAAAUCUUCCAAUCUACUUAUUACAACCGCUAUGGCGGUGGAGCCAACGUCCUCGCGGACGGAUACAAUGUUGGUGUUGGUGUUGGUGCUGAAAUUAUCGGCACUUUUGUCCUCGUCUACACCGUCUUCUCUGCUACCGAUCCUAAGCGAAAUGCCCGUGACUCUCACAUUCCUGUAUUAGCUCCAUUGCCAAUUGGAUUUUCCGUGUUCAUGGUUCAUUUAGCCACGAUUCCAAUCACUGGUACCGGGAUUAACCCGGCUAGGAGUUUUGGAGCUGCCGUUAUCUACAACAAGCAAAAGGCUUGGGACGACCAAUGGAUAUUUUGGGUCGGUCCAUUUGUGGGAGCAGCUAUUGCAGCUUUCUACCAUCAGUUUGUGUUGAGAGCUGGUGCUAUGAAGGCAUAUGGGUCAGUCAGGAGCCAGCUUCACGAGCUACAUGCUUAA